CACCAGCAGUUCGUCUUCAGUUACGUAGUCGACACCGCGCGCGCUGUGUCUCCGUGGUGUAUAUCGCGCACGAGCCGGCGCGGUGCGAUCUAUUAAACUUUAAAUAACAAACUUAUUUUGACAGCACUACCCUGACUUUCUGUUCUGGUUUCUGUAAAAUAUGAGGUGUUUACUUUGUAUUAAGUUUUGUGGUUGGUGCGAUAACUUUGACUAUAGGCCUGCGUUCGCGUGAUGUAACCAGUUUGCUCCAUUUACUAAUGCGAUUGUUUUCCAGUGUAACAGAGUUGUGUACUACAUUCGCCAGCUGGCUUAGGUGUUAACAUGUUAAGUGUAUAUAUACUAUGUAACACAGAUUUCAAUGCAUCUGUUGUUACAACCAUGACAAUGUUAAAAUACUUACGAGUAAUUUGAAUUUAUUCAAAAUAAAACGAGAUAAAUUUAAAGGACUUCAUACUGUCGAUGUAAUGACAAGAACUCAUGUUAUUAACUAUUUACCUACGAGCUUAUAAAAAAACAAAUAAUUUGUAAUGUAAAUGUUUUCAUGGUAUUAAAUAAAAAAAUAAAAAUGAAUUUUAAAAUAGAAACAAAACUGGCAUGCACUGAUGCAUAAAAUAUAUUCAGUGAGUAUUUUAAAAAAGAACUAAAAGUAUAACGAACGCGACACAAAAUCGUAUAGUGUGCGAUGGUGGCGCGAUGCUGUGCCUCGAGUCAUUGAUGGCGCGGUGGCGCGAGCGCGGCGAGCGAGCCGACCGAGAGGGCGAGCGUCGCGCGCGAUCUCGUAGCCUUUGUUCAUCAGCAGCUGAUGGAAGCUUAUUGCAACUACUACAUAGAAGAGCUAGCAGUGCCAUUUCUUCAGCGAGCGAGCUAAUCUCGAGACGAGGAGUAUUCUCACGGAGACAGUAUGGAUCCGUUGAACAGUUGUCAGCAAGUGGGGAGCCGGGUAGCGGCGCGGUGGAUGCGGUCGCGAGACGGUACCGCCUCGAAAACGGGAACUCCCUCGGAGAAAAGGACGAGUUGUUUGGACCACCGAGUGCUCCAGUCCUUGAGAAUCCCGAGUUCCAAACAAGAUGGUACUUCAAGUAUUUUCUUGGGAAAAUGCACCAGAAUUACAUAGGAGUGGAUGGCAACAGGGAGCCAUAUUUAUUAAGUGUGGUCCAGGAAGGCGGCGCUGGACUUUUACGAGCGAUACUCUUCAACAAAAUGGGUGCUCAUAAAAUAUACCUACCACCGAGCGCGUGGAACACUGGCGGAGGGCAAGCGCCGACAAGACCGACGGUGAAACAGAUCCUGGCCCAGUUUCCUGCUAUGGAGAGAGUCGACAAAGUGCCGAGAGAGAUUACUUGCGCCGAACUUCAAAAAGACAUACUGCUUUUGGAAGAGCAAGAGGGAUCGGUGAACUUCAAAAUAGGUGUUAUUUUAAUGAACCCAGGCCAGAAAACUGACGACGAAAUGCUCUCGAAUGAGAAGGGAGACGAGAAAUGGGACAGGUUUAUUUCACUUUUGGGCGACAAAAUUCGAUUACGAAGCUGGAACCGAUUUCGUGGAGGACUCGACGUCAAAGGUGACAUGACGGGCAGCCAUUCCAUUUACACGAUGCACCAAGGACACGAGAUAAUGUUCCACGUUUCCACAAUGUUGCCUUUCUCCAAAGACAAUAAACAACAGCUCGAGAGGAAAAGACACAUUGGCAACGAUAUAGUCAACAUUAUCUUUACCGACGACUCUGUUCACAACACAUUCAACCCGCAAUGCGUCAAGAGCCACUUCACCCAUAUAUUUGCUGUAGUGUCAGAAGUAGAAGGUGAAGGGUACAGACUCAGCGUGUACAGCGACGACACUGUACCUCCCUUCGGGCCAUCACUGCCUUGCCCGCCUAUUUUUAAUGACCCUCAGCUCUUUAGGGAUUUUUUAUUGGUAAAGCUGAUGAACGGUGAAAAAGCAGCUUUCCAAACACCAACAUUUGCACUCAAGCGGCAGCGGACACUAGACACGCUCAUACGGGAUAUUUACGCCGAACACUGCUCCGAUCACAAGGUGCCGAUGUUAUCUCGACGCGCGCUAUCGGACGUGUGGUCGGGCGGAGCAGGAGCUGGCGGGGCGGGUGCUGCACGUACAGAACGCUUCCUCCACGUUGGACAAGCGCUCAAACUUGACGCUGUACUUCGGGGAGAUGCACCCACCAGUCUCGUAUCCACUGGAUCUGGUGGUUCUCGUCGAGCUCCUUGGGAAGGUCGUGUAUGGCGCGCAGCACCGUUACCUGCCACACCGGUUUGUGCAGAACAAAUGACUGAAGGACGAUUGCUACUAUCAACUACUUCCAAUACUUAUAUAUUAGAAGCUCCCUGGUCUCCAGAAAGCGGCACAACCCGAGUAGUCCUCCGGUGGGAGGGUUGCGUCCGCGCAGCACGUGUGAGUGAGCGUGCUGGGUUGUUCCGCGUGGGAACGCGCGUACUGGGCCCCAGUGGGACUGCGGGGGGCGGCGCAGGAGGCGCGGGUCUGUAUGCGCUGCCGCUGCCGGAACUGUGCGCCGGCGCAUGGGCCAUGCGCCCUUUGCAGGAUUGCAAACAUGCGCGUCUGCCGCGCACGAAAACUGCACACUAUUUUGACCUACUUGAGUCAGGUGAAAAUGGUAAAACUAUCCUUGCGGUGGCUGUUGGUAGAAGGGUGAUGCUUAUGACGGAAGAAUCAAAGACUGAUAAUGAAAUGGGUUUCGAAUACACACAUAUCAAAGACAUUCAACUAAGCGAAUCGCCUGUAUUGAUUAAACUAAUGGACGGGGAAGUAGCAACGAUGGUAGUUGGUUACAAGCACCAUUGGGAAGUCCUAGAAACGAGUGCUGGACAAUCUGUAAAACGUGUAGAAAACUCUGAGGAUAGUGGACCUCGCCGAGGCACACUGGUCAACGCACUACACAUCGGUGAUGAAAGGGAUGGACAAAUAGUUUUAUGUUAUAACCAUACGUGUCAUUUUGAAAGGUUGACCAGUAAGGGGCUCGAGAGUGACGGUGAAUACGACUUUCAUUGGACAACCGUGCCCGCAGCUGUUGUGUGUGCAUUCCCUUACAUAAUGGCGUUCGCUGAAGACUUGUUAGAAAUACGAUUAGUAGCCAACGGGUCCCUUGUACACGCGGCCUGUAUUCCCGGACUGAAGUUACUUUGUGGAAGAAGGGACAUAUUCUACGUGGCGUGCGCGCCAGAGUACGUGCCGCUGAGCCGCGAGCUGGACUCGAGUCUGCUGCACGAGUAUGAGCUGGCGCGGCACGCGGCCGCUAAGCAACCGCUGCCCCCGCACCCGCCCUACUCACUCGACGAGGACGACAAUGAUAAGACCGAAUCCAACCAGAACAACCGGACGCCUGAGAACAACUCGGCCUCUAGCAGAAGCAGCUCUAUAUCUUCAGAACAAGAGAACAUCCGACCACCACUACAGCGCAUGGCGCCUAUAUCACCGCCAAGUUCGCCACACGUGUUGCCAGAGAACAGCGGCCGAUGCGUGCGGAUCUACAAGAUCCCACAGAGCAACCUGAGCGCCGGCGCGUACCAGCGUCAGUCUGUGUCGGCGGACCAAGUCGUCACCUCCUACUUCUCACAUAGGCCAAACAGUAUCCGGCAAAGGCUAGCAGAAUUGAGAUUGGACAGCAAAUCGAGGGGCGGAGGCGACGACGAAACAUUAUAAACAAGCAGACAUUCCCCACAAUAAUAAAAGGGUAUAUGCCUGCUAGCAAUGUCUUAACGUUCUAUAAAAUACUUGUAUUUUGAAUUUAGAAGCCAAAGAAUAUAUUGACUGAAGUCUUUUAUUAAGAGGGUGCUUCCCAUAAACUUAGCAACGUCUGUAUUUUCUCUUAAUGAUUUCUGAAUUAUUAUUUGUUUAUAUAUGUAUAUAUUUCUUAUUGCAUUAAAAUGUAACUUAUAUACUUAACAA